CUGGGUUGGUUGGCAGGGAAUGAUAGAAGGUGGUCAAAGUAAAAAAAUGAAGGAAUUGAAAAUGGAAGGCUUGUAGUGUGUGAUUCUGCCACAACAACGCGUACGCGCAGCCUUUUCACCAAAUUGUCAACCAACCCUUUCAAGCACUUCGCGUUUCAUUUCCUUUCAGUUACAAUUUGCAAUUUACAAGACAUCCUGAGAUCAUGUCCUCGUCUUCUUAGCUUCUGUUCUCAGACUUUUUCCUUCUUCCAAUGGCCCAGUCCUUCGGUCAAACUGAGAUUAACUGGGACAAGCUAGAUAAAACUAAGUUCUAUGUCGUAGGAGCUGGACUCUUUACAGGUGUUUCUGUGGCACUAUACCCUGUUUCUGUUGUGAAAACUAGGCUGCAGGUUGCCACAAAGGAUGCUGUUGAGAGAAAUGUGUUUUCUGUUGUGAAAGGACUACUUAAAACAGAUGGCAUCCCUGGUUUGUAUAGAGGGUUUGGUACAGUUAUCACUGGUGCAAUUCCUGCCAGAAUCAUAUUCCUAUCCGCUCUAGAGACCACAAAGGUGGCUGCCUUCAGAAUGCUUGAACCGUUUAAACUAUCUGAAACUACCCAAGCUGCCAUUGCAAAUGGAGUUGCAGGCAUGACAUCAUCGCUUUUAGCUCAAUCUGUGUUUGUACCGAUUGAUGUGGUUAGCCAAAAGUUGAUGGUGCAAGGAUACUCAGGCCAUGCUCAAUAUAGUGGAGGUUUGGAUGUUGCUCGCAAGGUUUUAAGGUCUGAUGGCAUCCGAGGAUUGUAUCGAGGGUUUGGUCUGUCUGUUAUCACUUAUUCUCCUGCUAGUGCAGUAUGGUGGGCAAGUUAUGGUUCAAGCCAACGCUUCGUUUGGAGAUUCCUGGACCAUGGUGCCAAACAUGAUGAAGGCACUCCUAGUGUGCCGAAAAUUAUGUUUGUUCAGGCUACUGGAGGGAUUAUUGCUGGUGCAACUUCAUCCUGUAUUACAACCCCAUUGGAUACUAUCAAGACACGUUUACAGGUAAUGGGACAUGAAAAUAGAAGCUCUAUAAAACAAGUUGUUAAAGAUUUAAUCAAUGAAGAUGGUUGGAAGGGCUUUUAUAGAGGGUUUGGUCCAAGAUUUUUUAGCAUGUCAGCAUGGGGCACUUCAAUGAUAUUGACGUAUGAGUAUCUGAAACGUGUAUGCUCUAAAGAUGAAUAGAUGCAAUUGAUCCGAAAGCUUGUAUUUUACUGAUCGAUUAACCUAGAUUAGGAUGAUGAUGUUGAUAAAGCACACAAUAGCUUAUAACCCUCCACCUUCAGCAUUGGAGUUGCUAUUCGACAUUUAUCAGUCUAUGACUAGAGGGUUAAACUUUUGCAGUAAAGCUACACUAACGGAUUAUUCUGAAAACACUCGCUGGAUUCAAAUAUGGAGAAUUUCUUGCUAGAAAAUAAAUUGCAUCAUUCUUUUUUAUAACUGAGUUGGAUUUGGUGUAUUCUUUUAUAGCAUUGCUGUGGAUAAUGUAUCAUGGAAGGGAAGGAAAUAGAUUGCAAAGAAAUGUAAAGAAUAAAAUUGAAAUUCUAAAUCAUUUUAUUCCAAACAGGAAAAGCUAUUGCACACAUUUUUGUUUA